AUGUUAAAAUCAGCAAUUACAAAACCUCGAGUGAUUUUCUCGGGCAUUCAACCAACGGGCAUACCUCACCUAGGAAAUUAUGCCGGCGCACUUCGACAAUGGGUUAACCUACAAGAGAGCCAUACACAAGACAAGCUCAUCUACUCUAUUGUAGAUCUCCACGCUAUAACAACACCCCAGCCAGCGGAUGUACUAAGGAAGAGCAAGAGGGAGGCACUAGCUGCCUUGUUGGCCAUCGGUAUUGAUCCCGAGAAAGUGACUCUGUUCUAUCAGUCUUCUGUGAGAGAUUCUACACCACCAACUCGCUAUCUCAUUACUGACGAUGGCGGCAAAGGUGCCCGCUCAUUCAGAACUCAUGUGGAUUCUCAGCUGCACAGCAUCCGUUGGGUAUCUAUCAAGAAUGACACAGUGGAAGCCAGCAACCUUAAGCUCGGCCUGUUCUCCUAUCCCGUCCUCCAAGCUGCCGAUAUUCUUGUACACAGAGCAACUCAUGUUCCCGUUGGAGAAGAUCAAAGACAACAUCUCGAGUUUGCGCGAGAGUGUGUAACAAACUUCAAUGCAGCUUAUGGCAACCAUCUAGUAUCCCCCCAAACUACCACCUCGCCUGUGCAACGGGUAAUGUCUCUCCAGAACCCAACAGAGAAAAUGUCAAAGUCCAGCAAGUCACCAAAGUCACGAAUCAGCAUCACCUCCUCACCUCAAGAGAUCAAGGCCAAAAUCAAAGCCGCAACAACAGACUCCAUCCAGGGCAUAAGUUACAACAGAGAAGAACGACCUGGAAUCUCGAAUCUACUGGAUAUUAUGGCCAUUUUUGAUCCUGAGGGUAGGAAGGCCCAGGAGCUCGGAGAGCAGUAUAGCGACCUUUCACCUAAGCAGCUUAAGGAGAUGGUUAGUGAUGCUGUCAUUGGUGGUCUAGAUGGUAUUCGUGAUCGGUAUACCGAGCUGCUGGAUAAAGGGGAUAAGUACCUCGAUUCGAUUGAGGCAAUUGGCGCUGAAAAGGCACGAAAAAGUGCCGAGGCAACCAUGCAGGUUGUCCGAAACGCUGUUGGGCUAUAA